AGUAAAAGCCCAACAUGGCAGCGGCGGCGGCGGUUCUCCCACUGUAACCGCGGCGACGUCUCCACGAACGCGGCGAGGCAGCCGAGCUGCAGACAUGAGGGAGAAGCGGAGGAGGAAGAAGGGCAGGACGUGGGCUGAGGCUGCCAGGACGGUGCUGGAGAAGUACCCGAAUACUCCUAUGAGCCAUAAGGAGAUCCUACAGGUCAUCCAAAGAGAAGGACUGAAGGAGAUCAGAAGUGGGACCUCGCCCCUGGCCUGCCUCAACGCCAUGCUGCACACCAAUUCCCGAGGGGAGGAGGGCAUCUUCUACAAAGUGCCCGGCCGCAUGGGAGUCUACACGCUCAAGAAAGACAUCUCUGACGGCACGAAGGACCUGUUAGAGGAGGCCUCAGAGGAAACCAGCGACUCUAACGCUGCCUCGGAUUCCCAGAGCCCGGAAAAUGGCAGCAACCCCAAGGAGAGUGGGAAGGGCAAGUGGAAGAGAAGAGUGCCCUCCAAGUUGCAGUCCCAGCCUUCCUCACCACAGACACGGUGCUCCUCACCCUCCACACCUUCAGGAGCCAGCAAGUUGCUGUCCUCUUCACAGAAGCACAGCAAGAAGGCGCUCAAACAGGCCCUGAAGCAGCAACAGCAGAAGAACCAGCGCCGGCAGGGUGGGAUUACCCCGAUCUCUAACCCCCGGAUCAUCUUCAAGAGCGUCAAGGACAUGGCCUGUCCCAUAGCCGCCAAGACCGCCUGGGAGGUCAAACAGCUGGCACGACGAUCUUCAAGCCCCCACAACUCCUCCUCCAGUUCCCCCUCCUCCUCCUCCUCCUCAUCAUCGGUUAAAAUGGACCCGUGUCCGUCGGCCCGCACCAGGAAGAUGUCGCAGAGAUCAGAUCGGCUGAGCGCACGCCAGCUGAAGAGCGGCAAGUGUGCCGAGAUCGACGUGGAGACGCCAGACUCCAUCCUGGUCAACACCAACCUGCGCGCUCUCAUCAAUAAGCACACCCUGUCACUGCUGCCGCCAGAGGGCCAGCAGCGUCUCCUGGUUCUCCUUCCAGAGGUGGACCGACAGGCCUCCUCGGAUGGAUCGCUGAAGCUCAGCAGCUCUGCAUUGAACAACGAGUUCUUCACAUCAGCAGCUCAGUCCUGGAAGGAGCGGCUAGCGGAAGGCGAAUUCACUCCAGAGAUGCGGCUGAGGAUCCGUCAGGAAAUCGAUAAAGAGAAGAAGGUGGAGGCUUGGAAGGAGCACUUCUUCGAGAGCUACUACGGGCAAAAUUCUGGACUGACGAUUGAACAAUCCAGAAAGCUGAUGGAAGCGGUUCCCGGUGGGGACUCCAACCAAUCCCAGCCGACCCAACUUCCCGCUCCUGAAGAGGCUACAGCGGGAGAUAACACAAAGACUGAACCUGAAACGAGCUCGGACAUCACGACAGCUUCUGGAUCAGAGGUGGCCUCUGAGGUGCCUGCAACUACCCAUGAGGUACAGGAACCUGCUGGUCCUCAGACCAAAGCUUCUCCUGUGGCUUCUCAGAAUACGCAAGUGGUACCAGCUGCCGUGAAAAUGGACAGCACUGAAAACACUGCUCUGGCAGCGGAAAAGGAACCAAAAGAUGAUGGCGGAUCGAAGAUUCAGCUCUCCCCUCGGACACCUCCAGAAACGUCACCUAUUGAGAAAGCCAGCAGUGAGCUAACAGGGAUUGAUUUUAAGGAGGUGAACCAGGAGCCCUUGAAGAGAAAGGCGUCCAGCGACGGGGAAACAGCCCUGAGCCCAGAAAAGAGGCCCCGUGUCUUAGAAGCUGCCCCACUUCCAACAUCCCCUAAACCAUCACCAGAGUCUCCAAGGGUGCCACCACUGAAGAUUCCCGUCUCCCGGAUUGUGCCCACGCAGGCGGCUGCCGGCCAGCUGUCUCCCAGGUCCCCCUUUGCGACCUCAGCUGCCAGCCCCUUUCGCGCAGGGGCUCGCACCCUGGCCGACAUCAAGGCUAAAGCCCAGCUCAGGAGGGCUCAGAGCGCUGCGGCCGCUGCUGCUGCCGCCGCAGUUGCUGCCGCCGUUUCCUCUUCUGGGGGAGCUGUGCCAGGCCCAGGACCAGGAGGAGGUGCUGGAGAGGCCAGUCCUGCACCAAGGGGAGGGGCUCUGUCCAGCCAAUCAGAGCCCCAGAUCAAGGGCUCCUCCUUGGCAGGUGGUGAAUCUCAGAUACAAUUACAUCAUGCCGUUCCACCAAUAACUGGGCAGAGUGUUUUACCCAUCAAAUCGAACACCAACCAAUCCCACAUCACCUUGCCCACAGCCUCAGCUUUGAGCAAAGACCUGCCAAAACAUCCCGAAGACAGACCGAAAGAAUUAUCCCACAGCCAGUUAAGCACAAAUUCUACUUUGGACAACCAAGUUCUGAUGACGUUUCAAGCUGUUCAGAAGCCAUUACUCAGCUCCGUGUCCCUGAUAUCUUCUGGGACAGAAUCUGCACCACCACAUUCAAUUCCCAUUCACAUUACCGCAUCCAGGUACGUGACACUGGAGCACGCCUUCACUGGAGGCUCUUCUGGAAAGGCCAGUUCCUCAAUAACAUCUAACAAUCCCCUUGUAACCCAGCUUCUUCAGGGGAAGGAGGUCCCUCUGGAGACAAUUCUCCCAAAACCACUCGCAGAGGCUCCGCCUGUGAUAGGCGCCUCUGAUGAUAAAGGGCAAUUGCCCAGCGCUGCAUUCGGGAGUCUUGCUGUGGGUAGUGGAGGUCAGUUAGUCGCUGGUGUGGACAAGCAGAGACUGUUCAUUUCCAGUCAUCCGUCUGUGACUGGAGCCAGCAGCAAAGAGUUCUCUCUGCACCAACGGGAAAUGCUGAACAAGGCCACCCAGGAGCAGAUCCUGCAGACCCUCAUCAAGAGGGCACACACUCAGCAGUUUGGGUCCGGUCCCCAGUCUUCGCUGCAGGAGGCCUGCGCACUGGGCUUUCCUUUAGAGUGUCCGACCACAGCUAGCUUUACGGCGGGCUUCUCGGGCCGGAAGAGGACAUCCAGACCUGCCAUGUCAGGGCAUUACCUUCUCAACAUCUCCACCUACGGGAGAGGCUCUGAGGGCAGCAAGAGGGCUGUCUCAGCAAUGUCUUCUACUCUGGUUAACCUGAAGAAGGAGUAUGUGGAGACUGAGGGAAUCCCAGGCGCUGACAAUGCGUCAACGAGAGAACAGUCUGCUGGAGCAGACUCUGGAGUUAAGAUAGAACCCCAAGGACCUUCAACUGAUCCUCACAGUGAAGACCUCGAAGACACACUUGAUUUCCAUAUGCAAAAAAAGAUCAAGUCAGAGUUCUCAUCUGGACAUUCACCUGACAAGGAAGAGAAGUCAACCCAAACGACGGGCAGCUUCGCUGCUUCAAGAGCCAAAGAAAUCGAGCAUGUGACUCAGGUGCUCACAGGGCAUGCCGCCCUCGGCAAUAAUUCACAAAGCAACUCCAUAUCAGUAGCACCAGAGCCAUAUCAGCUGCAGCUACAUACGGCUGCAAACCCCCAACAGACUUCUGCCUACGUCGUGCAGAAAGCCCACGAGAACCAAGGACCUGGGAACUCCGCAGGAGCCGGCAGCCCGCCCGGCUACAGCCCAGCAUCCAGCAGCGAGGGAAGCGUCAUGUCCUUCUCUGUGACAGUCACCACCAUACCAGCCAAUCACAGCAGCCACGGGGAAGCCGCGCCCAUACCAGCCUUCACGGAAGGCGCCGGCAUCGACAACCCGCCGUCCAAUUGCUACUGCAGGCUGAAGGCCAUGAUCAUGUGCAAAGGCUGCGGAGCCUUCUGUCACGACGACUGCAUUGGGCCGUCCAAACUCUGCGUGUCCUGCUUGGUGGUGCGAUGAGUCGCUUUCUGACAGGCUUCAAGUACUUUCAGGAAUCCCCGAGAAAGACAGAACGUUCAUCCAAGCUGGCUGUUUUGUUUUUUGUUUUUUUUCCUCGUUUUCAAAAAGACUCCAUUCAGCACCUUUUUCCUAGACUUGAGUCACUCGUGUUUGUGAAUUGUGACAAAGUUUUGCACUUAGAGGAAAACAUUUAUUGCACAAUAUUUUGUUAGAAACAAAAGUGAAACAAAACGAGAUAUUUUUAUAGAAAAGAGGACUCCCGGAUGGACAGCCGCUUCCUUUGCAGUAGAGCAUUUGAUUGACCUUGUGCAUUCUAUUGUAAAUAUGAAAUAUGCUGUGUGUAUAUGUGUGUGAAUGUUGGGGGUGUGGCUUCAUGAGGAAGGCCUCACAGAGAGGCACAAUCUGGGUCCUACUGCUAGUCAGAAUAAUUAACAUGGGACAACAUUGGGGUAACACCAGCUGUGAAUUAUGGACUUGAAAGCAGAAUCUAGUUCCAAAUGAAUAUCUCUUAUGAUCACGGUGGACUGCAGAUAGAGUUUAGAGUACCUUGUGUGCCUAAGGGAGGUGGUUAUGCUUUCAGCUAGACCAGCAUGCGACUCUCAGAGCCGACGGGUGCUUUGGGUCUGUCCAGUACCUGCACGUAGGACAUUUUCUCAGUGUAGUUCACCUCUCCUUAUGUACAUUGUGUUCUGUGUGUAGGCAGUGCACCUUCAUGGAAUAUGCCACCGAUGGGUUACCUAGGAUGCAAGAGUGGGGCCGAGGCCAGCGAACAGGUGCCCUUAAUGUUGGCGACCACAUGGAAUCAAAAUACAGAAAUAGUCGUAUCUAACAUCUGAUUGGCUAUAUCACUCCUUCAUCCCCACCUUUGAACUCAAAGACUGUGACUAUAGUGGAUAAUUUGGUUAUUAAGUGCAUGAGACUUAAUGAUUUUGUGCAUGUGGGAAAUUAGCUGUUUUUGUAAGCACUGAAGGCUAGAACCUUCCGGAGCCCCAGCAGCCCCGAGCCGUGAACACUUAGAAGCACCUUGAUGGGAAAGUGCAGUGGAAGACGUCCGUAGUGCAGGUCCCCGAAAGGACGGCCACACUCCUGCUGCUCUCCAUGCUGUGGAUGAUCGGCAUCAGCUUUCAUUUUUCAUUUUCUGAUAACUUUUCGACUAAGAGCCGGAACCGGCACAGAAUUUUGCAUUAGAUUCCCCGUCUCUAAGGUCUCAGCCCCUUCGCUGCAGCUCGGCAGCGCCGUCGUUUCACUGCUCUCUCAUUGGCGUGUGAUAUUAGUGAUACUCUUGGACCAGGGGCAGAUUAACUUUUCUGGGGGCCCUAGGCUGGUUAUUUUUUGGAGCCAAAAGGGAAGGGGGGUGAUGGCACGAAAGUUUUCUGGUCAGAGUUGGGGGUUGUCGUGUAUGUUCCCCAGUUCGUCACUGGAUUAAUCCUAACAUACCCAGCUGUACUGACCAGCAGGCACAUGCCCUGCGGCGGGCCCUUGGUUUGGUACCUGUGUUUUCCACGACCGUGUCUCCGCAGUGCAGGGGGCCUGAGUCCUUACCCUCGACCCAUAGCCCCAUUUUCAGAAACUUUUUCUUGAAAUUAUGAAGUGUUUAUAGAUUUGUUUCUCGCAGUUUGUUAAAUUGCUUUAACUCCAAAACAGAAUAGUCUGAUGUGAGAUUUCGUUUCAUGUUGUCUUUCUCCUUUGAGCUGUAGGUGAAGUUAGACACCCAGGAAUACCCACACGCUUUCCGCCGUCGCUCUCUCCCAGCUGAGUUUUUCCUGCCCCCAGGCUGAUUGUCGUAGCAAAGACUUCCUAUUUAACUUAGUUUUCCCUCUGUUUUUAAAAAAUAUCCUCCCGAUCUAUGUUUGCUUUAAAUCCGAUGGAAGCGUAACAGUACCAGGAUGAAAUGCCAAUGUCUGUGCAUGGAUGUGGAGUCCAGCAGCAGAAACUGCGGAGAAACACUUGGUCCAGAGGUGAAAUGUCGCGCUCAGCGUGUCAAACUAUGAUGGCAGUGCUGUUGUUAUAUCACGUGUAUGAAUCAUUUCUAUGGUGUUAUACCAAAGUCACCAUCUGAUUUUUAUUUUAAAGUUUCAACAAUUAAACAAAACAAAGUAAUAUAUUUUAAGUAAUCUAUUUUAAUAUAUAAAGUCUAUUUAUAAAUGAUUUGAUUACAAAAGAAAACAGGGUAUUUACUGGAAUAAUGUAAUUGCAGUUCUUUUAUUCUUUUCACCACAUUGUGCAGGACAAAGUCUUUUUACAACUCUGUUAGAUCUGGAUGCUGUGUCUGACUGCAAGGAAAUGUACAGAGAGGUCUUCUCUGUGUAUCUAUGGCUGAUUUUAACCUGAGUAUGGCAUUCAGCUGCAGUGCCGUCUUGUACCCCAGUAAGCCGGCCGGUUACCGUAGCGAGCUGAGCUCUGAGAUUCGAUGACAUAAAGGUGAAUGUGAGUCCGGUGAGGCAGCUUCAAUGAGCAUGCAAUCACCAUCAUCGGCAGAAUGUAUCUGAGAUACGCGUGUUUACUCCUAAAACAAUAUAGCCCUCAGCAAGCGGAAAAUAAAACACAAGACAUAUUAUUUUCAUGUUUAGUUUUUUAAUGUGUUUUAAUGUAGUUUCGAAGACACUGUAUGAUUAUACAUCUUUAACAACAUUUUAAAAAGAAGCAAUAUUCACAGUUAAAACACCUAGUGUGUCUUUAAUUAAAGGAGUGUGGUCUUUUAUAGCUUUUCUCUUGUGGUGAAUUAGGCAUUGAAGCAGAAAUCUCAUAUAAAUCUACAGGCAGAGGUGGAAAUUCCAGGUUCAAAAAGAAAAAAAUCCAGACCAAGAUUUUGUUUCAACCAACCAGUUGAGCAUGAAGAGUCAGUCACAGAGAACUCUGUUGGUUGUUUGAAAUUUUUACUUUCUAGAAAGUACAGGAAAAAAGGCAGAACAGGCUGAAGCUGUUUUUGACUUUCAGAAAUGUUAUUCAUUAGAGGUUUUGCACUAGCUUUUAUUGAACUGCCCCAAAAUCAUUUAAUAUAUUGUAACUUUACAAAACCAAAGUGGCUCCAGUCGGAGUUUUUCAUAAAACCAGCAUUUUGAUGGCCUAGUUUGUGGUCUUAUCAGGUAUCGACAUGGAGGGACAGAGAAAGCUUUGGCUGCCAGCCUCUUCCUAUAUUUACACCUUAAAUGUUCAAUGCACUAAUUUGUUCACAUUUUAGUAAAAGAAAGAAAAAAAAAAAACAUUAAACACUUCAGAUCUUUUUGGAGGGCUUUUCGCAGUGAAGGCCUCGUACCAUUUCGUUAAAUGGCCAUUAGAGCUGUCAUUCUUUUUAAAAAAUGAAGUCAAAAUAUAUUCGAAUGGACUGUUUGACUAGAUAACCUUGUGUUUUUGGUAGAUUUAGAAAAUGUAAUUUUAAAAAUGGUGUUUUAAAAGAACAUUUUUUUAGAAAGAUAAAAAAUUAUAUUUAUAAUAACAUUUUAUAAAAGGAAGAUUCUUAAAUAUUACAUAUGAUUUUACUUAAUGCUUAUUAUACUUGUAAAAUUAGCUCGUGCUUUCCGCUGUGUGUUAAUGAGUUUGUGUCGUUUUGCAUUUCUCUGUGUAGUUGUGUUCAAACCUCAAUAUCCUCUAAAACAUUGUUCUCCAAUAAACAUGCUUUUACAGCCAAUCAAUUUCAACAUGUAUUCCAUUGUAUUUGAAUUUUGCCAGAGCAGUUUGUACGAGAAAGGGAUUUGUGUGAAUGCUAUUCAUUUGUCCUGUGUUUUCCUAUAAAAACAUACUUCUCGACCCAUAAACUGUAAUAAUGAUUUUGUGCUAUAAGAGGCUUUUAUUUUAUGGAACAGGGCCAAUGUACUGUGCUUACAGAUGCUGGGUUCAGAGGCCAAGCUGAUGUUUAAUGGUCACUUGCGAGUCUUUUGCACAGUUGCCUGUAGCUGUCGUGCAUUUUCAGGCUGAAAAUGCAAAUCUUCUGUGUAGCACUUUUAAUAAUAAUUGAUGUGUUUCCCACUAUGAGGCUCAUGGAUUGUUCUAGAUCAUCCUCCUUGUCUCAUCUUGCUUUACCCUGCUGAAUAAUAUAACCCUGUACAUACAUACCUCUUCAAUAUUAAAACAGUUAUUUAGGUUUUGUACAUAUUUUUCAUUUAGAAAAAUGUGAAUAUAAAACUCUCCUGGUGUAUUUGCCGAUGAACGUGAUCUAAGAGAAAUGCAUUUUCCAGUGGCUGGGGUUCGUUUUCGUUUGGUCAGUUGUGGAUCAAAUCAGGACCGUGGGAAUAAUGUCUAAAGCGAAGUGUGUGUGUGUGUGUGUGUGUGUGUGUGUCUGUGUGUGUGUGUGUGUGUCUGUGUCUGUCUGUCUGUCUGUCUGUGUGUGUGAGUGUCUGUGUGUGUCUGUCAUUCCCCAGGUGUGUGGAUUCCUCCUUGUCUGGUUUCAUUUGGGAAGAAACAGCCUCUUCAAAACCAAGAAUGUAAUAUAUUAAUCAGCAAUAUGAGAAAAAUGUAUUUUAUCAUAAUAGUUUGAAAGAUUCAAUAAAAACACAGUAUGAUGUUUCAGUA